AGUACCUUUAUCCGUCAAGUCGCAUCGGAACAGCAUUGGUACUCAUCUUUAUCGAGAGGCAAACCUCUUCGUGAUAACAGCCCGACUCACAGAACCCUACACCUUGCCCAAAUCGCCUGGCGUAAUCGGUGUCCCCCGACCUUCCUCUCGCCCCUCCUUUGGGUGCAUCUCGUCGACCUUCUGAUCUGAUCUCUAUCGGUCACUGGUCAAGGGCAGCUAAGUCAGCUGAGUGCUAGCUACUUGACCGUGAGAAGAGGUAUCAGAAAGCUUCGGCGAACGACCCCGGUCGAGAUCGAGCUCGAGGUUGAGGUCACGAGAACCUCAAUCAGAACCGAACGCUCGAAAGAUGGUCCGCAGGCUGUGGAAGUCUAACCGCAACCCCGACAGGUAUGAUCGUUCUGGUUCGUCGGGAGAUCAGAACAAGGAGGACGAGGAUCACAAAGAGGAUGAGACUAAAGAAAACGAGCGUAGUCAACGAUCUUAUGUUGCUGAGGAACGAGAACAGCCUGAAGAAGCGGUUCCGGAUGACGUGCCAAUGCCAAUGCAACAACAAACGUUGCCCGGUCUCGGCGAGUCGUCACAAGCACAGACUCUCGGCGUAGCUGGUCCCCCAGUUCAGGCUCAGGCCGGACCGUCCAGGUUGAACGAGAACGCUCGAGCUGGUGCCGAGGAACCGCCAAGGCUCAAACGGGAGCGUCCGCAGGUCAUUGAUAGGGUAAAGUCACCUCAUCCGAAUGAUCCCGUCGAGGAGGACGACAUCGACAUCUCGCUGGACGAUAUCGAUAUGGCCUUCAGUGCCAGUGCCAGCGCGAGCGAAAAGUCUUCCAGUCCCCCUCCUACUCGCUCAGCUGAAAACACGCCUCGACUCGUUCUUCGUCCUCCCCGCCCGCCCCCUCGUUCGUUCGACCAGAGAGACCUCGGGCUGCCCGAACGAGGUAUUCCUCGACUCAAAGACGGACACAAACACGUUUAUCACGGUCCGAUGGGAAGGCGGGUCGUCGUGAGUAAUGAACGCAACCCGAACUAUCGCUCCAAGGACCAGCCGUUCUUGUGGGUCCGCAUCCAGAAUGAUAACUCCGAUGUCUCUUUGACGGGGAAGAAGGCGGCGGAUCUGUACGAGGAGGUGGCCAUGGCGAUGGCUCAACGAGGUUAUGGCCCGAUCAGGUCGGAAACAGAGGAUUCGAGCUGUCAACCUAAAUCGAGGACGGCGGUGGCGACCGAGAUCGUCUUGCCCGAACUCAUGGGGAUCGAGCCGAUCUUGUCCGACUCUGGACAGAACUUUGGGAGAGGUCGACAGACGGUGCAUCUGACCUUUGCCGCGGUACUGUAUAUGGCCGGCUGGCUUGACGAUGAUUUUGAACUCAUUCAUGGCGAGCCCGAUUGGGACGCGUUGGUCGAGUGGUUUGAGAAUGAGGCGCAGGGGACGCAGUACGGAGAGGACGCUGAGCAGAUCCUGGGUCAAGUCGAGGCGGAUAGCGGAUAUGUUGAAGGAAAUCAAGCUGCGGCUCUGACGGUCACGAACCCCAUUCAACAACAACAACUUGUCUUGCCAGACGAUCGAGUUGGAUCUCCAGCUCAGCAUACCCCUCGAAACGAUCGAGCAGGAGCUCCAGAUCAGUACGCCUUUCGGAAUGAUCGAGCAGGAGCUCCAGAUCAGCGCGCCUUUCGGAAUGAUCGAGCAAGAGGCCCAGUCCAGAGUGCCAUCGCGAAUGAUCGAGCCGGAGCCCCCAUCGACCGAGAGCCUCCAUCCGAUCGCCGCGCUCGAACCCGCUCGUCCGCCGAUCCCAAUGCUUUACUGAUGUUAGGUUACGGUGAGCAGCGACAGGGCGCUGUCCCGAAUACCGAGGCGAAUUGGGCUGGAGCUGGGCUGCCUUCUGCCGCCGAGUACCAUGAUCUUCAAACGGCCAAGCAAAAGGCGCAGCAAAAGGCUAAGGAUGAGCGAAAGGUUACCGAGGCGAAUUGGGCUGGAGCUGGAACGCUUUCUGCCGAGGAGUACCACGAUCUUCAAAUCGCUAAGCAACAGGCGCAGCACAAGGCUAAGGAUGGGCGAAAGAUCAGCGGACUACCCACCCGAGGAGGACAUUCUGUCGAGAUCGAACGCAACACGCCAAAGUUUUGGGAGAUCUGUGAGCCCUUGGCGGCUGGCAAAUUCUGUGCGACGUUAUGCAGAAUCCAAGUUCCAGCGCAAGAAAGGAUCGGCAGACAUCGAUCUUACCGGACCAUGUGUAUCUUGACCACACGGAAACUGCCGAUUCCUAUGGGACGACCUUUACCGACUUGUAAAGCGGUGGUCAAGGUCGACGCUGUUCUCGAGGCGUGUCGUGAUAUCCAGCUGGACGACGCUCAGGUCCGCAAGGCGAUUCAGUAUACAGUCAAGAUGUUCUCUCUCCCUCGUCGCAAAACACUCGAAGCGCGCGAUUUGCCCUACCUCGUAUUGCCCAUGUCGAUGCAGUGGAGCGCCGCGUUCAACGCGAUGAGCGAGGUGCAAUCGAUCAGACAAACCGACGUCGAGCGGAAUCUGGCCUGGACCGAGAUCGACUCGGCUUUGGAUCACGAGAAGGAAACGCGCAUGGUCAACCCCCUCGAUUCCAUCGAGCGAAAGCGUGGGGGAGCGAUGGCGGCGUUCGCGGAAGAAAGCAUCUACAUUGUUCACGGCGCCCAGUACAACGAGGUUCAUGAAACCUGCUGGGAUGAAGAGUCUCGUGCCAAGGCUCGGAAGCGAGCGAUCGAUCAGGCUUUCAAGGCGAACCCUGAGGGGCCAGAGGAGGUGCCCGAAAUUCAAGGUCCUGUUUUCGAGUUGCGUCAAAUACCUGAUUUUUGGAAACCGGGGCAUAGUCGGUCGACCACGACCAAUCUUCAUGUGGAUCCUAAUCUCGAGCCGCGUAGUACCAUCGCAAGGAGUAUCUAUCAUUCGGCCCACAUGCUACCCUGGAUUAUGUGGACCAUCGACGGCCUCCUCCUUGCCCAAGAAGUGAAUGAGCAAUUCCUCAACUCACAGGCGGACACUUACGACGUCUUGGCGGCCCUUUCGACUACUCAAAGCUCCAGGUACAAUGAUCUCGAGGUCUUGGAGUUCGCCGGAGACACCUACUGGAAGUUUGCCGCGACGGAGUAUCAUUUCCACAGCAGUCCUACCAAAGAUUACCAGGAGCUCAAUAGAUUGGUACGCGGAAUCACUGACAACGCCCCGCUCGCUAGAGGGAUGAAAGAAUCCGGGGCGGAAAGCUACAUCAUGAACGAUCCUGUCGAUACCAGCAAUUUCCUUCCUCCGGGUUGUGAUUAUCAGAACAGCCAUGGCAGGAGUCGACCACCUCGUUUGAAUUCGUUAUCCCCCAAGUCCAUUGCCGAUGUCGCCGAGGCUCUCGCUGGGGCUGUCGGAAAAGUCAAGGACAAUGAACUGCUGCUCCGAACCUGCAUGCGACUCUUUCCGAGCGCAUUUCCAUUCCGCUCCUCCUAUCCACCUGAACUUUCCUGGCGAGCCAUUGCUCAGAUGGACACCUCGCUGAACUUUGGGAACAAUUCGGCGUCUCAAUCGGAUAUCGACUACGUUCAGAGGGUCACUGGCCAUAAAUUCGAAAACCGGAAUCUGCUUGGACUGAUACUGGAUCCUCGGAAUGCUUGCCGAGGGGGAUACAACUCCAUUUCGAUGAGAUUGACUUUUCUAGGCGACGCCAUCUUCGAUUGCAUCUUGAUGGAUUAUUUGAUCGCGCAAGGCGCUGCUCAAAACCUAGACCCGGGACAGCUCACGCACUGGAGGACGAAAAUGGCAUCUUCGGUGAGCCUGGCUGCGCUUUGGGUCACCAGUGGGUUGCACAGGGUUGUCGGAGGACCGCGGGGAAAAAUACAUCAAUUCGAAUACGAGCUCCAGAAAACUGUCGACACGCAGACAGAAUUACACAUGGCCUGGACCAAGAUUCCACACGUGCCGAAAUUGGACGGACAUGUUUACCUCCUCCUUGCGGGCGUGUUGGCCGACAGCGGAUGGUCGUUCUCUGCCGUCUUGGACUUGUUCGAUCGGCUGUAUCUACCCUUCUUCGCCCGCUUCGUCGGAUCGUACGAUCGCGACCGCCUGGACAGUAUUCCCGAGCCUGAUGCGGCCAGAUUGAAGCUGCAGCAGGGACUACGCCCUUGCAAAGACGUGCACUCCACCACGACUGUGAUGCCACACGGAAUUUUCAAUACGGACGUGAAAUGCCACUCUCGAGUCAUCGGCAACGGUCGCAGCUUGUAUCAGGUUGCUGCCGAGGGCUUUGCCUAUCGUGAAGCUCAAAAGUUCAUCUUGGACGCGCCGUUGCGGCAGGCUUUAAUCAGGAAGUACUGCAAUUGUCUUGACGGGCUCCUCCGCAAGCCAGCAGCUACGGUCGUCCUGCCUCAAUCGGCAGAGCCUUCCACGGGGAUUAGACAGGCCGACCGCAAGCAGGAAACCCUCUCUGACGAUGGGUUCGAGAUCGUCGCAGAUCCCGGACUCGUCGGCAGUGUAGUUGGGCGACUGUCGAAAGUCGUGCCUGCGACCCGCAAGGCCAGCUCUUCCGAUGAUUCUGGCGAGCAAGAGCGAGAGAAUAAGCUGGGCAGAUACGAUAUUUAACGAGUCAUGAGAGCCAUCGGAUACGAAGUAAUGUCAUUAUAUGUCGUGAUUGUAGCAUAUAUAUAUAUCGAUAUAGUUUAGAGUUUACGAUAACAUGAAUGUCUAUAUUC